AUGGUCGGCGUAGGACCGAAGCGCAAGCCUUCCCGCAAGGGGUCCAUGGCGGAUGUGCCCAAAAGCAUGCUUGACGAAAUCGCCAGUCUCGAGAAUCAGUUCACAGUGGAUGGUGCAAGACUUAAGAAAGUCACUGAGCACUUCGUUACAGAGCUAGAGGCAGGCCUGGAAAAAGAAGGCUCCAACAUUCCGAUGAAUCCAACCUGGGUCAUGGCCUUCCCUGAUGGAAACGAACAAGGCACCUUCCUUGCACUCGACAUGGGCGGUACCAACUUGCGGGUGUGUGAGAUUAAUCUCACCGAAGAGAAGGGCGAAUUCGACAUCAUCCAGAGUAAAUACCGCCUGCCGGAGGAGCUCAAGACAGGAACUGCAGACGAGCUAUGGGAAUAUAUCGCCGACUGCUUGCAGCAAUUCAUCGAGUUUCACCAUGAGGAGGAAAAUCUGCCUGAUCUCCCGCUGGGAUUCACCUUCUCGUAUCCAGCCACUCAACACUACAUCGAUCACGGUGUGCUCCAGAGGUGGACCAAAGGAUUUGACAUCUCGGGAGUAGAAGGACAUGAUGUUGUUCCCCAGUUUGAAGCUGCAUUAAAGGCCCGGAACCUGCCAAUCAAGCUGGUCGCCCUCAUCAAUGAUACCACUGGUACAUUGAUCGCAUCCGCCUACACCGACCAGUCCAUGAAAAUCGGCUGCAUUUUCGGCACCGGCUGUAAUGCCGCUUACAUGGAAAACUGUGGCUCCAUACCUAAAUUGAAGCAUUUGAAUCUCCCUGAUGACUGCCCCAUGGCCAUCAACUGCGAAUAUGGGGCCUUCGACAACGAGCACAAGGUCUUGCCAAUCACCAAAUAUGACACUAUCAUCGACGAGACCUCUCCUCGACCGGGCCAGCAAGCUUUCGAGAAAAUGAUAGCCGGUUUAUACUUGGGUGAAAUCUUCCGCCUCGUCCUUGUUGACCUCCACGAAAACAAGAAUUUGUUGUUUGAGGGACAGGACAUCUCCAAGCUGAAGAAGCCUUAUACCAUCGACGCCUCGUUCCUUGCCUCGAUCGAGGAAGAUCCAUUCGAGAACUUGCAGGAAACGCAUGAUUUGUUCGAGAAAGAACUUGGUCUCACGGCAAGGAAGCCGGAGCUGGAAUUGUGCCGCCGCCUGGCAGAGCUGAUUGGAACCCGCGCUGCACGCCUUUCGGCUUGUGGGGUGGCUGCCAUCUGCAAAAAGAAGAACAUUGAGAGCUGCCACGUAGGGGCUGAUGGAUCUGUUUUCACCAAAUAUCCUCACUUCAAGGCUCGGGGAGCCCAAGCCCUCCGCGAAAUCCUCGAUUGGCCAAAGGGGAAGAAGGAUCCUGUGGUUAUCCUUAGUGCUGAGGAUGGAAGUGGCGUAGGUGCCGCUGUCAUUGCCGCCCUCACCCUGAAGAGGAUCAAAGCGGGAAACACUGUCGGAAUUAAGGAAUUGGAGCAACUGAAGAAGCUUGCCGUGUAG